AACGAACAAUUCGUUCACAUCAGCCACUGCAGCCACCCGUCGAUGGAGGAGCGGUUCUGAUCUCAUCUGGGCUACUUACAAACAUGCUGCUCGAUAAAACCCGCUUUCCCCUCAAAAUCACCCGAUCGAACGACUUGAUUGAUAUGUGAACCGAUUCAGGCCGCUGUGAGAUCCGGUAGAAGUCGUGGUCAUGUACUCUGAGUGGAGGUCUUUACACCUGGUGGUCCAGCACGAUCAGGGUCACCUGAGCGUCUUACACUCUUAUCCAGCCGGCGUCGGGCGAGACGUGGCGAACGCUGUGGUGCGGCCGCUGGGAAACAUUCUCGGAGGAGCACAGAACGAGUGCCUCCUCAAGACUGACAAGGAGGUGAAGUGGACCAUGGAGGUGCUGUGUUUCGGGCUGACGCUCCCGCUGGAUGGAGACACGGUGAAGUUGUGUGUGGACGUCUACACUGACUGGAUGAUGGCCCUGGUGUCUCCACGAGACUCUAUACCCCAGCCCAUCAUCAAAGAGCCCAACCUCUACGUCCAAACCAUCCUCAAACACUUGCACAACCUUUUCCUGCCCAGACCAGAGCAGUUCAGUCUGGUGCACUUUAAAUUGUGUCAGCAAGUGCUGUCUGCGGUGCAGAAGUUGGCUCGUGACUCGUCUGGAAUGGCUAGAGAAACAUGGGAAGUGCUGCUCCUCUUCCUGCUGCGCAUCAAUGACACGCUGCUGGCUCCGCCCACUGUGGGAGGAGGAAUAGCAGAGAAGCUGGCUGAGAAGCUGAUCAGCGUGCUGUUUGAGGUCUGGUUCCUGGCUUGCACACGCUGCUUCCCGACGCCGCCCUACUGGAAGACGGCCCGAGAGAUGCUGGCCAACUGGAGACAUCACCCUCCGGUGGUGGAGCAGUGGAGUAAAGUCAUCGCUGCGCUCACGUCCAGGCUUCUGCGGUUCAUGUACGGCCCGUCCUUCCCUCCGUUUAAAGUUCCCGAGGAAGACGCCGGCCUCAUCCCAGCGGAGAUGGACAACGACUGUGUGUCUCAGACGUGGUAUCGAUUUCUACACAUGCUCAGUAACCCCGUGGACCUGAGCAAUCCCGUCAUAGUGAGUUCCACCCCAAAGUUUCAGGAGCAGCUGCUCGGAGGAAACGGCGUUCCUCACGAGGUCAUUCAACAUCCGUGUCUCAAACAGCUUCCUCAGAUCUUCUUCAGAGCGAUGAGGGGCGUCAGCUGCCUCGUGGACGCUUUCCUCGGUGUUGCUGUUUGUAAGAAACUCGAGUGUCGUGAAACUCUGCCCUUUUCUGGAGUCACAGUGUCUAGGAGCAAUAUUCAGGACAGACUUCCCUCUAUAGGUGUUGCUGUAUCUCGGAACAAUUUUCGAGACAGACUCCCAUCUUAUGGUAUUUCCCGCCCCCGGUCAGACAGUGCUCCGCCCACACCUGUCAAUCGGCUCAGUAUGCCCACGCCCCCAGCGACAACCAACACUACACCCCCUCACAACCGCAGGCACCGCCCAACCGCUGUUGUCAAAACAACCAGCAAAGCCUCAACGACUAGUCAGACCAAAGUGUCGCACCAGCCGUCAUCCACUUCCCCGCUCUCCAGCCCAAACCAGGCGAGCUCUGAGCCACGGCCGCUUCCAGCUCCGACCCGUCCGAAGGUCAACAGCGUGCUCAAUCUGUUCGGCCAAUGGCUGUUUGACGCUGCGCUGGUCCACUGUAAACUCCACUCUGGCCUGAGCAGAGACAGCAGCAUGACCGCCCUGGCGACUCAAGCUGGAGUUGAACUGAGACGUAAAGGCUCUCAGAUGUCCACAGACACCAUGGUGUCCAACCCCAUGUUCGACGCCAAUGAGUUUCCUGAUAACUACGAGUCGGGGCGAGCCGAAGCGUGUGGGACGCUGUGCAGGAUCUUCUGCAGUAAGAAGACCGGAGAAGACAUACUUCCAGUGUACCUGUCCAGGUUCUACAUGGUUCUCAUCCAGGGUCUCCAGAUAUCAGACUUCAUCUGCAGGCCGGUUUUAGCCAGCAUCAUCCUCAACUCUUCAGCUCUGUUCUGCUCCGAUCUCAAAGGGAUCAAUGUUGUGGUUCCUUACUUCAUAUCUGCGCUGGAGACCAUCCUCCCGGAUCGAGAGUUGUCUAAGUUUAAGUCGUAUGUGAACCCCACCGAGCUCAGGAGAGCUUCCAUCCAUAUCCUGCUGUCCAUGAUUCCUCUUCCUCACCACUUUGGCAACGUCAAAUCAGAGGUUUUGUUGGAGGGGAAAUUCAGCAAUGAUGACAGCUCUCUUCAUGACAAGGCGGUCACCUUCCUCUCCCUGAAGCUGCGAUUGGUCAAUAUUUUGAUUGGCGCCCUGCAAACAGAGACCGACUCGAUCAAUACACAGAUGAUUCUAGCGGCAAUGCUGAAUAUCGUCCAGGAUUCGGCUCUGUUGGAGUCUGUUGGUGCUCAAGCUGAAGUGGGCAGUGUGGAUGGAAGCCAUUCUCUGGAUAAGAGCCACAGUCGUAAUAACAGCGGCAUCAGCAACGCUAGCGCAGGCAGCUCCGAGGCUACGACUCCAGACAGCGAACGCCCCGCACAGGCCCUGAUGAGGGACUACGCUCUCCACACAGACACAGCGCCCGGGCUUCUGAUCCGCAGCAUCCACCUGCUGACCCAGAGACUCAACUCUCAGUGGAGACUGGACAUGAGCAUCUCGCUGGCCGCCCUCGAGCUGCUGGCCGGCCUCGCCAAGGUGAAGGUGAGCGUGGAGUCGUCGGAUCGUAAGCGUGCCGUCAGCUCCGUCUGCAGUUAUAUCGUGUAUCAGUGCAGUCGUCCGGCUCCGCUUCACUCCAGAGAUCUGCACUCCAUGAUCGUGGCUGCGUUCCACUGUCUGUGCGUCUGGCUCACGGAGCACCCCGACAUGCUCAAUGAGAAGGAUUGUCUGAUCGAGGUUCUGGAAAUCGUCGAGCUCGGGAUCUCGGGCAGUAAGUCCAGAACCAGCGAACAGGAAGUGAAGUACAAAGGUGAUAAAGAGCACAACCCGGCGUCGAUGAGGGUCAAAGAUGCUGCCGAGGCCACGUUAUCCUGUAUAAUGCAGGUGUUGGGAGCGUUCCCGUCUCCCAGCGGCUCUGCGUCGCCCUGCAGUCUCCUGAACGAGGACACGCUGAUCAAAUACUCCCGACUCACCUCCACGUCUCACAGCAACUUCAGAUACUUCGUCCUGGACAACUCGGUGAUCCUGGCCAUGCUGGAGCAGCCGCUGGGAAACGAGCAGAACCCCUGUCCGUCAGUCACCAUGUUGAUCAGAGGCAUGUCUGGACGACACGCGUGGACAAUGCAGCUCUUCCAUCAGCCUCGAGGAGCAAGAGCCAAUCAGAAGCAAGUGUUUAUUCCUGAAAGCCGUCCGGCUCCCAAAAAUGAUGUCGGGAUUCGGUUUAACGUCAAGCACAGGCCGUUCCCAGAGGAAGUGGAUAAGAUCCCGUUCGUGAAAGCCGACCUGAGCAUCCCGGAUCUCCAUGACAUUGUGGAUAAAGAGCUGGAGCAGCAGCACGAGAAGCUGCGAGGCGUGAUGGGAAAGCAGAUCGAUUACGAGACCAAACUGGAGCACUGCACGGAGGACUUGUGGAGGAACAAACCCUUCCCAGAUCCGCUGACAGACUGUAAACCUCCGGCUCCCGCUCAAGAGUUCCAGACGGCCCGCCUCUUCCUGUCGCACUUCGGCUUCCUGUCACUAGAGGCGCUCAAGGAGCCUGGAAACAGUCGACUGCCUCCUCACCUCAUCGCUCUGGACUCAUCUGUGCCGGGCUUUUUCGACGACAUCAGCUACCUGGACCUGUUACCGUCCCGGCCGUGUGACACCGUGUUCAUCUUCUACAUGAAAGCUGGACAGAAGAGCAGCCAAGAGAUCUUGAGGAACGUGGAGUCGUCUGCAAACGUACAGCCUCACUUCCUGGAGCUGCUGCUGUCUCUGGGAUGGGCGGUGGAGGUCGGACAGCAUCCGGGAUGGACAGGAAGUGUGUUCACCAGCUGGACCAUCAACACAUCCAGCGGUGCUGAGACUCCAGAUGAUUCAGUGACUCUGGGAGACACAGGCGGCGGUGUGUUUAACGGAGAGAAGCGGGUGCUCUAUUACGCAGACGCUCUGACAGAAAUCGCCUUUGUGGUGCCGUCCCUCAGCGACUCGUCCGCGGAGUCCUCGGAGCACAGCUUCCCGACCGCAGACUCCGAAUCUCAGAUGGAGAUGUUACCCAGUUCACUGAAGCAGCCCAACCUCACGCUGGAGCUCUUCCCUAAUCACUCCGACAACAUGGGACCCUCACAACGGUCCCCGACAGUGAAAAGCAGGAAGUUGCCGGCUGGAAGGACGAUCCCGCUGUUAGGACCGGACGCUAAAGUCUUGGUUGUGUGGGUUGAGCGAUACGAUGACAUAGAGAACUUUCCCGUGUCGGAGUUCCUGGCGGAGACGAGCACCGGUGUGGAGACGACGGUCAACAGCAGCACGUCCAGGUCCAGCUCCUCAGAGAAGGACGUCCCCAUUAUAUUCAUCCAUCCGCUGAAGACCGGCCUGUUCCGGAUCAAACUACACGGCGCUCUGGGAAAAUUCAGCAUGGUCAUUCCUCUAGUGGACAACAUGGUGGUCAGCAGGAGAUCACUGGGGUUCCUGGUGCGUCAGACUGUAAUAAACGCGUGUCGGAGGAAGCGUCUCGAGAGCGACUCUUACAGCCCUCCUCACGUGCGGCGGAAACAGAAAAUCGCAGAAAUCGUGAACCGUUACCGUAACAAACAGCUGGAGCCCGAGUUCUACACCUCGCUGUUUCAGGAGGUGGGUGAGACGAGCCUCAACCCGUGAACAAUCACAGAGCAGCGCAGAGCAGCGUGGAUCUCAUGAUGUGCCACCUGACCGGAGGAAGACUGGAAUAUCAAUCUCAUAAAAAACACUCAUGGUUAUAUUUCACCCCACAAGAAAUAAAUAACAGUUUUUUCCUCCCAGUAAAUUGUCAGUUAACAUAUUUUAUUCAUAAUAAAUAUAUAUUUUUUAAAUUCAAUAAAUGAUAAUAAUUUAUAAAGAAUUAUUUUCAUUUCUCAAUUUUUUUUUGUUACUGUAAUAGCACAAAAAAACUAGUACAAUUUUAUUUUUAUUUUUAUUUUUCAUAAUUAAUAGGCAGUACAACAUAUCCCACCAUGAUGUAAAAAUAUUUUAAAAUUAAAAAAAGUUAUUAUUUUUGCUUUUUUUAUUUUUUUUUUGCUUGUUUUUUUUUUUAUUCUUUAUUUUCUUAAAAGAAAAUUGCAAUACAUUAAUGAAAAUGUCAAUCAGUCUUAAAAACAAGCUUUAUUUGCAUCAUGUAAAUCUAAUUUCUUAUUUCUUGGAGAGAACUAUGUCUGAUUGGCCGGUUACUGUACGUCACAAUGAAUGAUAUUUUACUUUAUUUGUGUUUAUUAUUUGAAGGAAGGUAUCACAUGAAGCCAUUUCCUGUAGAAGCACUGCUUCCUCUUCCUCUUCAGGUCAUGCGUAUAUCUCUUCAUCAUGUAGUCAGCUCUGCUUCUUCUUUCUUUCUUUCUUUCUGAGAGUUGUUUCAGUCUCCAGACGAUGCAUUUCAGUCGAAAGACAUUAUAAGGGCUCAUCAUUUACUUCCUUUCUGACUCUUUCACAUUGGAGUGUACAUCAUCAAACCGAGCUGAAUUCACCGUUUUAGCAGCAUGCUCUAGAAAGGAGUAACCCAAUCCUGUAUUUAUUUAUUUCAGUUUUCCAUUACGAAAUGCCUUUUAAAUGCAGACGUCACCCGAACACAUAAUAAUAAUUCUGGAAGAGAUUUGCACAUCACGUCCCUUUUCUGUGGUCUGUUAACGCUGCGUUUCUUUUGUAAGAACAAACUGUAAAGGCCGGUCGCUCGGAGGCGUCUCUUUUUCCGUGUAAAUAUUGACGGCAUGGACUUUGUAUAAAGUUUGACUUUGUAUGUAAAUAUACACGAGUGUGAAGUUCUGCUCACUCAUCUUAUAUUAUUGAUUAGGAGAACACUUGUUUGUAUUUAUGCCAUCAUAUAUGUGUCCAAACCAAACAUUGGAUAUUGAAUGUAACACAUGUAAUGGAAUAAAGAUUUUAAUGAAAUACCUAUCAGAUAA